CCCCCGUCCACCGCAAUCAUGGACGCGCCACUGGUACCGCCGACGCGCAUCGAGGUCUCCUCGUCAACGCCGAUGUCCGCCGAGAAGGCCGCCAAGCGACUUGACGCCUUCAUCACCGCGUUUGGCGAGCGCAGCCAGGCAGCAGAGGGAGGAAGUACGGCGGUGACCGUGCAGCUGCAGAAGCUCAAAGACGCGUUAGUCGAGGAGCGCAAGCACGUCCAGAAUGCAUCAUGACUUCGGCCCUCUUUCUCAGUUUCAGGGAUACUUCCCCCGAGUCUUCACCAUAUGUCAAUCAGCGACUCUGCCGUCGAUUUUGUGUACUCUCAUUUACUGGAGCUCUGUAUCAAUCAAUCCAUCUCUGACUGAUAGGCACUCUGGCAAGCCUUCGUACACCC